UUUUAUUAUUAUAGUCAGAGGCUUCCUGUUUGGAAGUUGUUAGAAACCAGCGUCCCUGUAAUGGCAGAUUUGUCGCUGUAUCUCACUAAUGUCAACGUUUCACUUGGCCAAACCAUGGAACCUGAUAAGAAUUAUGGGGCUGCUGACAACUUUGAGAGUGUGGAGAUGGGAGAGGCUAUAGAUGAAGGUGGGAGAGUUAGAGUGCCUCGUAGAACCAUCUUCUUUGCUAGCGGAGAGACCAUGGAGGAGUACAGCACCGAUGAAGAGGAGGAUGAGGAGACCCCUAUGAAAAAAGAUGUUGUGACUGUGGACACGUCCAAACUCACCUGGGGCCCAUACUUCUGGUUCCACAUGUGGAGAGCAGCUACCUCCACCGUUUCAGUGUGUGACUACAUGGGAGAAAAAAUGGCUUCUCUGUUCGGAAUAACAACGCCCAAAUACCAGUAUGCCAUCGAUGAGUACUACCGCAUUAAGAAAGAGGAGGAAGAGGAGGAGGAGGAUAACCGCCUCUCCUUGGAGGCGGAGCACCAAUUCAACCAGCGGCAGGAGGAGGAGGGGGAGGAGGGGGGCAGCGGGGACAGCCUCCGCCUCUCCCAGCGCCCGGCCGCAGAGCAGCCGGCCGCCGCCUUCGUCAACAUCAGCUUUGAGCUGGAUCCCGAGCCGCCCCUGGUCGCCCCCGACACCAGCCGGGGGCCCGCCCCCGACACCAGCCGGGGGCCCGCCCCCGACACCAGCCGGGUGCCCGCCCCGCUCUCCUCCUGAUGACGCCGUCCCGUAGGCUCGCUGCAGGUUCCCAAGUGCCCUCAUUCCCAAAACGUCAAGCAUCCCACUUGCCAAUGCGUUCGUCCACCUAUCAAUUUAACCGUUUGUCCAUUUUUCUUUUGUUUUUUGUUUCUAUUAUAUUUUGCGUUUUAACUGAUUUAUUUUUCGUCAACUGUAAAUAAGGACGAUAUGUGUAGGGAUGUAAAAGUUACUGAACUUUUUAUUGCUGGUGUUGCAUUGGAGGAAGUAUUGGAGGAAGAGCAUGUUGAGACUUUUCCUAGACUGUGGUCUGGAUAGUCAGGGCCGGUGUUCGGUAUGAAUUGUUCCUUGGAUAUAAAUGUGCAUCUAAUCCUCAAGGAACGGGUACGUUAUUAUGUCCUGACAAAUUUCAGACCGACUGUGUUUGUAUUCCAUGUUGUGCAAUGUUGAAGAUUUGCAUACACAAGAGGACCCACUUAUUAUUUCUCAGGAAACCUUGUUCUGGCCUCUUCUGUUGUCAACCAAACUGGUUACUGUAAUCCAGAUUUUGAACUCUACAUCUUGUUAUUUUUUACUAAUGGAAAGUUUCUAAGAAAUGUUGAUGAGGCAAAUACCGGUUUGGUUCUGCCUCACUUGCAAUUUUCAAACGUUAUCUCAUUUAUUUUGUUUUUUAUGAAAAUUAUUUUUUAAGACAUUAUAGUUAGGGCUGAGGUAAAGAAAUAAAAUAACUUUUUGGAAACUUAAAAAGCGAUGAACCAUAUGCUAGUUCUCUGAACUUCCAGGAAAGGAAUCAACCGAUUUCUCUUUGAAUUGCUGUCACUGACAAGAGUACAACAAAGGAUCUUUUAUGGUUCUGACAUGCAUGCAAAUAUCAAAAUGUUAAUUACACAAAAAAGCUUUUUUAACUGCUUAACCAGCUCAGUCCUUUUUUUUUUACCAGCAGCUUUUAUUUAAAAGAAUACUUUUGUGAAACUGAAUGGUGAAUUUUAGACAUGCAUUUUCAAAAUUAUGAAGGAAUGCCAAAUAAUAAAAAUGCCUUAACUAAUUAAAGAGACCUAUAGAGAACAGAAAUAACUGGAAAGAGGGCAGUUGAUAAAAUUCAUCACAGCCGAUAAUAGUUCCAAUACCGUUUUACAUCUUGGCCAUUGUGUUAUUUCAUCAUAAUCUGAUUGUUUCCGUUAAAGUUCGGUCUGAUUUGUAUGCAACUCUUAUCUGUAUUUAUGCAGUAGUAAUUGGAAUCAUUUCAUUGUGGCCGAUGCAAUUUGCACAUUUUGGAAAGGGCUAAUGCACAGGCAUUCAAAUAUGUUGUGGAUCUAUUGUUAUAAUUCAAAAGAAAGUGAAGAUGUAUUCAAUGUAAUUAAUAAAACAUUUGA